GGCGGGGAGGCCGGGCCCGGAGCGGAGUCCAGGGUUGUUGUUGUCGUCCCGGCCCCGCGGCUCCUCGGUCGCCUCUGCYGCUGCUCCGCGCCGCCAUGUCCUGCCCUCGGGAGCCGCCGCAGCGCAGCAGCAACAACAACCCGCCGGCCGAGGGGACGCACGGCGAGACGGGCCUCAACAGUUCCUGGGUGGAGUUGCAAAUGAACGGCAAUGGCAACGGCAACAGCAAUGAUAAUGCCAAUGGGAAAAACGGAGGUCUGGAACACGUCCCUUCAUCCUCCUCCAUCCAUAAUGGAGACAUGGAAAAAAUUCUUCUGGAUGCCCAACAUGAAUCAGGACAGAGCAGUUCAAGAGGUAGUUCCCACUGUGACAGCCCUUCACCUCAAGAAGAUGGACAGAUAACGUUUGAUGUGGAAAUGCACACGAGUAAAGACAGUAGUUCUCAGUCUGAAGAGGAAGCAGUGGAAGGAGAGAAAGAGUUGGAAAUUUUGAAGAAAAGUGCUGACUGGGUAUCAGACUGGUCGAGUAGACCUGAAAACAUUCCUCCUAAGGAAUUUCAUUUCAGACAUCCUAAACGUUCAGUGUCUUUAAGUAUGAGAAAAAGUGGAGCUAUGAAAAAAGGUGGCAUUUUCUCUGCAGAGUUUCUUAAAGUUUUCAUUCCAUCUCUGUUCAUAUCUCAUGUUUUGGCUUUGGGACUAGGCAUCUACAUUGGAAAGCGACUGACCACUCCUUCAGCCAGCACUUAUUGAAAGAUGGAGUGCAAAACCUGGAGAUCCAUGUGAGCUGUGAAGGUGUUACUGUCUCAUUUAGUACAUUUGACUUGAGACCAUUUUAAGCAUGACCCUGACUUCACCCUUUCUUUACAUAUCCAGGUUUUUGCUAACUCUUGGAAUUCAGUAUUGUGUUGGAACUCUGUUGAGGUGUUUCGCUAUCCACCUUCUUUCCCUUUCUUCUCCCAUUCCUCUGCCUCUUGGCCUGCAAGACACGUCAGAGUUGCUGAACAGAGUUUACAACUGUCUAUAUGUUGCAAGGGCUUCUCUCAAUGCAAAAUGCCACCAGCAAAUUUUAAUUUUAUCUGUGAUGCUGUUGCCUCCUUAGUGCAACUUGACUUAAAUUUCAGUUGUGCACGGUAUAAAUGUUGACUGUGUUAUAGUGAUAAAAUUAACAAUCUCUCCAGAUACAAUUAUUAUUGAUUGGAACAAAACUUUUUUGAGAAACAAGCUUAAUUGUAGACUAAGAAAUCACUGUCAAUAAAAAAAGGUAUUUUAAAUUAGUUCCUGGGGGAAUUCACUUAAUCCCUUGUAUUGGCUAACACACUUUAAUUUGCAGGAGGCAAAGACUGCAUACAUUUUAAAGUAGAAUAACUAAAUACAUCAGCAUAUUUUAAUAGUAGGUAAUUGCUGUAAUCUCGUUUUUUUUCUAUGAAGUCAGCUUCUUACUCCUCGUAGGAAAACCUGUCUGAUGCCUAGAAAAUAUUAGAAAUAUUGCAUUGUUUGCAUGUGAAGAAGCUUUUCUUUUCCUUACCUUUUUCUUAAUGGGAAAUUUUGUGUGUAAAAUUUCCCUCCUAGUAGUAGUUUGAAAUUAAGGAAAAAAAAAUCAGCUCUAGGUGUAGUUAGACUCUAUAUAGAAGGAUAUGAUUCUGUUUGUUGUGGAACCAUUUUACAAUUAUGGAGAUAUGGCAGGUUCAAAAGUUAAAGCUUUUGACUUAUCUUUAAGGGGGACAAUCUUGCAGGUGCAUAAAGACUCAGAAGUUGUAAAGCUCUGAAAUGUCUUCUGCAAAAGAGUUUUCAAUAUUCCUAUUUCUCAUUGUUUACUGUACAGUCCCCUUUGGGGAUGUUUGAAAUCGAAGGUCAUUCGUGAUGUCUCAUGUUAGAUAGAAUUUUCGCUAAUGUUGUUGAACUUUUAUCUUAGGGAACAUUCAACCUUGUCCUCCUUCAGUGACACUUUUUUCAAAAUGUGAAGCUUUAGUACCAAAUUGUUACAAAGCAUUGGGACAUACAUGUCCUCGAGGUUUUAUCGGAUUUCAGAACAUGUAGCAUGACUCUGAAGGAUAGCAUACUCUGUUUUUUUAUAUAUAUAUAAAUAUAUAAAAAAAAAAUAUAGACUUUAAUACUAAGUAUUUAGGGAACCAAUGCUAAUUUUAAAGCUAGGAAAAAAUCUCAUUUAAGUAAAAACUUUAGUGGGCUGACUCACCGAAAAUAUUAAGAAAAUGCAGUCAGCUGGUUUGGAAAAAGCAGCUUCCUAUAAUUGUUUGCUUGCAUCAGAGCUUGUAGAGUUCAUUAUUUGAUGUAAUAGCGAUUGCUUGAAGCACUUGAUGCAUAGAGAUUAUAAAUCCCAGUUGAAGUUCGAUUUAAAAGAACAUAGCUCCCAGGAAGUAAAAACAAGUUAAGUAUAAAUCCACUGCUAGUCUGUAUUUAUUUAUAUUCUCUGCUUCUGAACACUGUUAGAGAAUGCUUUCAGGUGAAAGGGCAGUCUAACAAUUCUGAGAGAUCUGCUUUUUUCUUCUAGUUAUGAGUAUUAGUGGCACUUGAGUUGCCUACAACUGCUAGUAGUUUCCAGUGGGUUUCACCCAGAGGUGGGGAAGGGAAGGGGGAAGUGGUGAAGGGUGUUUUAGAUUGUACCAAACACAUCAUUUUAGAGCUCUGUGUAAAUUGAGGGGAUGGGUGAAGGGCUGAAACAUGCUCAGUUCCAAUUAGAGCACCUUGUUUUGUAUGGAAUUUGGAGUAGUGGAGAAGUAGAUUUAUACCGA